CCAGCCAGGUGUCCCCGCGAUCCCCUUUCGCGCUGGGGUCCAGUCGCCGCGCCCGAGACCUGGCCCCCGGCGCAUUACGUCCCCGAUGGCCGGCGACCCCUGGCGGAGAGAGGAAGGGAAGGUCCCCGACGGCAGGCGACGCAAGGUGGGGGCCAGGGGUCCCCUGCGCCUCCGCGACUGGCUGGUGGCGCAGAUCGAGAGCGGGCACUACGAGGGGUUGCGCUGGGAGGACGAGGGCAAGACCCUCUUCCGCAUCCCCUGGAAGCACGCAGCCAAGCAGGGCUACCGGGCGCAGCAGGACGCGGCGCUCUUCAGGGCCUGGGCCAUAUACAAGGGCAAGCACAUAGAGGGCAUUGACAAGGAGGACCCCUCCACCUGGAAGACACGGCUCCGCUGUGCCCUCAACAAGAGUGCCGACUUCUGUGAGGUGCAUGCGCGCAGCCAGCUGGACAUCUCCAACCCCUACAAGGUCUACCGGAUUGUGUCCGUCGGUGCCCAUGGCCCAGUUACCAAGGCUUCUGCUCCCCCUGAAGAGAAGGGCAUUGUGCAGAGCCAGGAGGAGCCCCCUGGAGAAGUGACGGAGCCGGCCUGCAGGACAGACCAGGAUGGCUCCGGAUUAGCCAUAGAGGAUAAGGACAAGGAGCAGCCCCCCAGGCUGGCCCAGCAGGGAUCCCUGCCACCAGCCACCCUGCUCCGGAGCCCUUUGGCUGACCACAGGUACCAGGCACAGGACCCGGCACACCCCUGGAGCCCCUCGCCCCCUGAGGACUUCAACAACCCCGAUUGCUGGCUGCACGUGCGGCUGUUCUACGGUGCUGAGCUGGUGCGCGAAGCCACCGCGCGCACCGCCGAGGGCUGCCGUCUGAGCCCGCGGGCAGCCGCCGCCGCCGAGCGCCUGCUGGGGUCGCCACCGCGCAUCGCGCAGGUUCGCUUCCCCGAGCCGCCGCCCGGCGCCCGCGUGCUGCAGCGCCUGCUGCCGCACCUGGAGCGCGGCGUGCUGCUGUGGGUGGCGCCCGAGGGCGUAUUCGCCAAGCGCCUGUGCCAGGGCCGCGUGUACUGGCGCGGCCCGCUCGCCCCGCACCGCGCGCAGCCCAACAAACUGGAGCGCGAGCGCACCUGCCAGCUGCUCGACACGCGCCGCUUCCUCGCGGAACUACGCGCCCACCUGCAGGAUGGUCGCCCGGAGCCCGAGUACCAGAUCCGUCUGUGCUUUGGCGAGGAGUACCCAGGGCCCCCAGACCAGCCGGAGGAGCGGCUCAUCAUGGCCCACGUGGAGCCAGUCUUCGCCCGGGAGCUCGUCCUGCACUCGAAGCGCCACGGCCACGGGGCCCGGGCGGCGGGUCCCCAGCCGCGCAUCCCCCGCAGCGUCACUCACCGGCUGACGCAGCUGAGUCAGCCCUAAGCGGCCGCUUCAUC